AUGAAUGUCUGGCUCCACUGUUUUGUUCCCAGAAGAGUCGAUCUUCGUGAAGGCGUUAAAGAUCCUGCAGAUGACACUGGUUUCAUUGAUCGACCAUGCCCUAAAGCAAGAUCUAGCCUCCCAAUUACCUUGUUUGUCAAUUACGAAAGCCGCAAAUUGACAUUACUUCAUUAUUAUCGCCUUACACAGCCAAUCGCAACACAAUCUCGAUGGUUUUCGCCAGCAAAAAUUAAGGGUCUGAAACAUAUCUUCUUGGGAAAUCAUCUCGUCAAACAGCCCAGCAGCAAUUUUAGCAGCAAUUGCAAUGUCAUCUACUUCAACCCAAAGAUAGAUCAUCUAUUCCUCACCAUAGAUGCUUUCCGCAAUCCCUCUAUGCCCCAAUAUGUGCUCGAUAUACUUCAACGUGAUCGAGGAUCCUCUAGCAUCGUAGAUGAAAUUGAACAUAUUGAAAUUUAUUGUACUGGCUCUACAGGAAAUAACCUUCAUGGCGCUCGUGUUCUUAGAAUGCUUAAGAACCUUAAAACUAUGAACAUUAUAUUUGGUAAGGAGCCUGGAGGGCAUGAUGAGCGGAGGGAGACCGUUGUUGCAUUUGAUAUGACUCAAAGAGGCAAUACAUUUUCUGGAACCGGCGACCAUAUGAAGGUUACCGUAAAAAUUGAUGGCAAUCGUUGCAUCCCAUACUACAAGGAGAAGAAUGAAAAAGAGCGAGUCAAGGUUGCUGAUCAAAGACCUUAUGGACUAGUUCCAAUGCUAGGAUUGAUAGUGUCAAGUCAAAUCGAGUCGAGCCAGACAUCCACCAUGGAUGAAGAAAAGGCUUUUGUGGCCUCGAAGCUUGAAAUCUCAUCAAGUACAUCAGAGAAUGAGCAAUUUUCAUUCACGGCUAAACCCUCCCAUGACUCGAAAUCCGGCAAUGAUGCAAUCAAGAAUUUGAGUUCAAAGUUGCCAGACAUUGCAGACAGUGGUCUCAGUCAAGAAACAUCUACAGAUCUUACAAGUACCAGAGCUAUUCCAGCAACAACCUUUUUACGUUUUCCUCAUUUAUUUUUGGAACUUCGAAACAAGAUUUGGCGCCACUCCUUUCCACGACAAAAUCUCAUGUUGGGUCCAUGGUCUUUCAUGAAACCCAAAUCGUUCCUGUUCCAGGACAGCAAUCCACCUUCAUUUCGUGCCUGUAAUAACCUUCCCAUGGCAUUUGCAAAUCGAGAGAGCCGAGCUGAAACUUUGAAGCAUUAUCAUGUAAUUUACCAAGCACAUUACAGAAGUCAAGAAACAACAUCUUCAAGUGAUACUCAAGCAGAGAAGUCCACAUCCAAUGAUGACUACCAGAGUGGUGCAACGAAUUUGCGACUACCACAUGUAAUGUACUUCAACCUGAAAGUCGACUGUCUCAGCCUCGUCUACCCAAAUUUUUACACUACAUCUUCCGAGAUUCAAGCUCUAUUUCCACUAUACGACCAGAAGACUGUAAGCUGUCUCGAGCGUAUUCGCGUGGUCAAGAUAUACCAUGCGAAAUUUGAGGAGAACAGACUUGGCUAUUACAUAACGAUGAAUGGUCUGCCCCAUAUCCUUGAGUGCUUCAAGAGUCUUCAACGUGUUGAGUUGAUUUUGCACCCAAGAUUUGAAGGCACAACGGACGACCUAUUGGAUAGAGACUAUGUUACUAACCAGAUCAAGAACAAGUGGACUGGAAAUGCAGAACUGAAGUUUGUAUGGGGAAGAGAGAACCGUAAUGGUGUAUUUUGUGAGAUCCUAACACGGAGGAGUAGAUAA